GUUGCACCCUCCCAACCCUCGCACCCGGACUUCCCACCCUUCCAUAAUAUCCCCGGGCUGUCGAACUUCCGCGACAUCGGCGGCUGGCCCAUCUCCUUCUCACGCGGCCCGCCACACCACGUCCGCAAAGGUAUCCUCUUUCGCGGACCGGACACCAGCCGCAUCACACCAGAGGGCGAAGAAGCGCUGCGACAACUGGGCAUCAAAACCGACUUCGAUCUCCGAAGCAAGGAGCAAAUCAAGAAGACUGGCGGGUAUAAGGAGAUCGCUGGUGUUGAGCGCAGAUGGACGCCUGUGUUUGACGACGAGCAGUAUACGGAGGAGGCAGCGAAGAGACGGUACGAGCAGUAUGCCGGGGAGGAGACCGAGGGCAUCGUGACGGCGUUCGUUGAGAUUCUUACCGCGGGCGCGCCGAUGUUUCGCACGGUGCUGGCACAUGUGCUCGAUUCUGCUGUGGGUGUAUCGCCACCUCCUGCAGUCUUUAUGCACUGCACGACCGGAAAUAAUCGCACAGGCGUGUUCAUCUCAAUGUUGCUGUGGCUUCUCGGUGUCGCGCCUGGAGUCGUUGCGCACGAAUACGCUCUCUCUGAAGCGGGGCUUGCGCCCACGCGACAUGUCAACGUGGAGCGGCUGCUUAAGAAGGGUGCUUUCCAACAGCACGGACCUGAAGAGGCCAGAAGAAAGUGCGAGCGCAUGGUUGGUGCGCGCGAGGAGAGUAUGGAGGCGCUGAUCGCUGAGGUGGAGAAAAUCUGGCAGGGCCCGGAGGGCUACUUCAAGGCUGAAGUAGGCAUAUCCGAUGGAGAAAUUGAGCGCCUGCGAGAGUUGUUCAAA